CUUUAGUUGUAUUUGCAGCUCGGGCACUCUCCCGCCUCUCAAGUGUUUUUAUUGGUUCAUUUUAAGCAUUCUUAAAAUUCCAGCUCUCUGAUUGGUUGAGAGAGCUUUCUGUUUUGGUCGCCUGCCAGCAGCCGUCUGGAAGGGGAGGGGGGCUGUCUGCCUUCCGCUUCUGGGCUGGAUUGACACACAAUGAGGAGCAGAGGUUGGGCAGACGGUCCGCAGACGCCGCUGUAAAUAAAUACAACAAUCACUGAAGCCAGAGAAACAUGGAGAAUCAGUGCACAGUGCAGGUGAAGCUGGAGUUGGGCCACAGAGCCCAGCUAAGGAAGAAAGUGACAUCAGAAGGCUUCACCCAUGACUGGAUGGUGUUUGUCCGAGGGCCAGAGACCGGUGACAUCCAGCACUUUGUGGAGAAGGUUGUCUUCCGCCUGCACGAGAGCUUCCCCAAACCUAAAAGAGUAUGCAAGGAGCCGCCAUACAAAGUGGAGGAGUCGGGCUACGCAGGCUUCCUCAUGCCUAUUGAGGUGUACUUCAAAAACAAGGUCAGCCCAAAAAAGGUGUGUUUCAACUAUGACCUGUUCCUUAACUUGGAGGGCAACCCCCCGGUCAACCACCUGCGUUGUGAGAAGCAGCUGUUUGCCCCUACAGCCCUAGCUAUGAGCACUGGUGAAUUCACUCUGGUGUUGGUGGUUCCAGAAGGGGCUGAAGCUGUUUCCAGGCCUAGUCCAGACUACCCGAUUCUCCCCACCAUUCCCCUUUCUGCCUUCUCAGACCCCAAGAAGACCAAGACUUCUCAUGUGUCAAAAGUACCCAGCAAAGAUGGAAGUGGUGGCAGCAGCAAAGGACCCAAACCUCACAAGGUGACCAAGGAGCAUCGUGAACGGCCCCGAAAGGACUCUGAGAGCAAAGCCACAUCAAAAGGAGACAAUGACAGAGAUGGAAGCAGCAAGAGUGGCCGCGAGCCUUCCUCUUCCUCGUCUUCAUCUUCAAAAAAGCCGUCAGAGAUCAAAGUGAAGGAUGAAGUAAAAGUCCUACCUAAGGCUGCCUUCAAGGAGCCUAAACUCACCCUGAAGGAAUCCAAGAUGGAAGGCAUGUCCCCAAAAGGAGGGGGGGUUGGGAGUGGUGGGGGUGGAGGAGGAGGAGGUGGGGGAGGCCCGGCAGAGUCCAAAGCUUCAGGGAAACGACCGUCCACAGUGGAGUCUCCCAAACCCAGUGCUAAGAAGCAAAAGAAGGGCAGCUCAGAGGGGCCGAAGGGGCCAGCCAGUGGGGCCUUCACAGGAGCUUCUCCUCGCGUCUCCUCGUCGUCUGCAGCCAGCCAGCCCUACACAGAAAAGAAACCUUCUAAGGAAAAAGGUCGCUGGCCCAAAGGAAAAAAUGACACACAGGAGCUGAAGGAACCCAAGAAGCUUCCAGAGUCAGAGGAGUCGAAUUCAGAGGAUGAAGCAUCUUCAAAGUCAGAGCAGUCGGUGCCUUCCAGUCCUUCCAACUCCAGUUCCAGUUCUGACUCGAGUUCAGACUCAGAUUUUGAGCCAGGACAGAAACAAGGGCAAGGGCCUCUACGAUCCAUGGUGGAGGAGAUCCAGUCAGAAGAGUCAGACGACGAUGACAGCAGCUCAGAGGAGGAGACACCCAUCAAGACCAACCCCCCCAACCGUGACUCUCGACUCAGCCUGGACAGUGAGAGCGACAGCAGUGACGGCUCACACCGCCCCAGUCGAGACCCCGCUCCGCCCCCUCAGAAACACAGCUCCUCCAAUAACAAAGUGUCGGGAAGAAAGAGUCCAGAUUCCACGUUUCGCUCAGAAAAGGUGUUGAAGAAGGGAUACGACAAGGUAGGAAGGACCAUAAUGACCAGUGAAUUGAUCCAGCUCCAUCGCAGACUGAUGGCUUUAAGAGAACGUAAUGUCCUACAGCAGAUUGUCAACCUAAUUGAGGAGACGGGCCAUUUUAAUGUGACCAACACCACUUUUGACUUUGACCUCUUUUCACUGGAUGAGUCCACUGUCCGCAAACUACAGAGCUACCUGGAGGCGACAGCCACGUGACAGGAAGUGGAAAUUAGCUUGUGGAUGGCAGCGGAGGUAGACUCGUCACCACACCUCCUUUUCAAAAAAGGCGACGUGCAGCCACGUGUCGCAGCCUUCCCACAUGCCUGACUGAACAAUCGAACAAUUACCACACAAACAGAAACACAUGAACAAACACAAGCACAGGCGAAGAUACACACCACUUUCACGUGAUGCUGGAGGAGGCGUGGAAGGGAGCGCCGGAGGAGCUGAACUCAGUCUACAGUCAGGAUUUUCACUACACAUCUUUUUUUUCUUUUUUUUUGAGUCUGUGCAGAGCAGCAGAUUGCACCCCACACCCCCUCCUCCACUCAUAUCACUCUUGCCUUUGCAAAACCCAGUAUCUCCCCUCCUCCUCCUUCCUCCCCUUCACACGCACACUUCUUUCUCAGCAGAACACUCCAGUUCCCUUCCCCCUGCUGUCAGCUGGAGCUCAUUUCUCUCCGAGACACUCUUGAGUCAUGUGUGUGCGUGUGCGCGGGCGUGUGCGUGUGUGCAUGCGAGCACUGCUGAGGUUUAAGAGGAGAUGUAUUUGUGGUUACUGACUUGUCUUUGUUUGUGGAGUUCGAGCACAAACAGCCGGUUUCCCUCUUUUCUCGAAGACACACACCAAAUGAAUACCGAUUCUGGUAACACUUUACUGUAACCCCAGAGUGACAUUUAUAAACAUAUAAACACUGAAUAAAUGGAUUAUAACACACUAUAAUGUAGUUGUAAGUAGCUUUAGGUAUUUAUUAAUGUACUGUAUUGGUCUGAACAUUAGAGGAGAUGCAGCACAUGUUCUCACACUAGUCCUGAUGGGAACGAGUGGCCUUAUCCUUGAAUCCUUUUCUUUUAAAAAGGGGAAUCCUGAAAUAAUGCCAUUAAAACUGGACCCCACUUUUAAGUAGCUUGUUUGUCAGUCACUGUUUUACACUCUUGCAUCAGGGCCUUGAAAACAGGUAGAGUAAUUUGUCUUUCUGAGUUUAUCAUCUGUGCUUGUACUGCUUAUAAUACUUGGCUGCUUGGCAGGAGCUGAUGUUACUGUGGUACUCUCUCCAUCUACAUGAAAUAUCUGAUGUUAUGAAUAUAGAAGAGGAUUAGGGCCACUGUACAAAUUUUGAAUUCUGACUUUUUUCUCAGAAUUCUGACUUUAAAGUCAAAAUUCUGAAGAGAAAAAGUCACAACUCUGACUUUGUACAGUGGCCUUAAUCCUCUUCCGUAUAUGAACGCUUAGCAGCCCUCAAAUGUAAGACAACCUCCACUUUUUAAAUGUAAUUUUCAAGAAAAAUACAAUCUUAUAGUCAAGUACGGUAUUUGCCAACAACCCCUCACCUCUGGUGUGCGCACACCGGGUCGAGGCUGUGUAGAAGCAUAUAACAAAUGAUAGUAUUGAUGAAACGGUUAAUUAUUAGCUCUGCAACUGUCAGCCAUUUCCAUUGUUGAUUAAUAUGCUUAUUUUCAACGAAUUUAUUAGUUCAGUCUCUUAAACGGUUAAAAAUUUCAGAGAGCCCAAAGUUACAGUAUGUCUUCAAACAAUCAAAAACUCGAAAGAUAUUUAGUUUACAAUAAUGUAAUAUUAACAGAAUGGUCAAAUAUUCACACUGGGGAUGCUAUGAUUGUUUAAAUAACUGAUGAUUAUCCAUAUAGCUGCUGAUUCAUUUUCUGUCUGGUGACUAAUCAUUGCAGUGCUAAUAAUAAUAUGCAAUAUGUCUUGAUGGAAGAAAUGAAAAUUGUUGACAGAUGCUGUACAUUAAUAAGAUGACCUUCUAACUGGAAACAACUACAUUAUGGUGUGUUUAUAAGUCCUUAUGAGUCCUUUCGGUGCUAAGUGACGGUGGUGGGGGCAAAGUAGAGUGGUUCCCAGAUUCAGGCCUGUUUGACUCCUUGCACCUCACACUGUACUUGACGACACUGAGACAUGUAUGUGUGUGUGAGACUGUUCCAGAUGAGGUUUCUCUGCACAUCUGAAAGCAUAUGUUCUCUUGAGUUCCCUCACUACUUCCUUACACUGAAAGUUGAGCCUUGACCUCCUCGC